CCCCCCCAAGGCCCCGCCCCCGAGGGGAGGGACGCGGGGAAGAGACGCACAGACGCACUUCAGCUGCGGCCAGCGCCCGGGCCUUUAGGCCCGGGCGGCGGCUGCGUUGCGCAGUCUUCAUGGGUUCCCGACGUGGAGGCCUCUGUGGCUGCUGCGGCGGCUGCUAACCGCGCCGCCUGCUGCAGCCUGUCACCACCGCUCCGGAGCGGUCGAUUCGAAGCCGAAAUGCCACCACCCCGGACCGGCCUAUGCCUUCUCUUGCUCGGUCUGGUCCUGGGCUCCGUCUGCGUCACCCUGGGAUCCCAGGCACAGGCCAACUCGACCACAGAUGCUCUCAAUGUUCUUCUCAUCAUUGUGGAUGACCUGCGCCCCUCCCUGGGAUGUUAUGGGGAUAAGCUGGUGAGGUCCCCAAAUAUUGACCAACUGGCAUCCCACAGCCUCCUCUUCCAGAAUGCCUUUGUGCAGCAAGCAGUGUGUGCCCCGAGCCGUGUGUCCUUCCUCACUGGCAGGAGACCUGACACCACCCGCCUGUACGACUUCAACUCCUACUGGAGGGUACACGCUGGAAACUUCUCCACCAUCCCCCAGUACUUCAAAGACAAUGGCUAUGUAACCAUGUCGGUGGGAAAAGUCUUUCAUCCUGGUAUAUCUUCUAACCAUAGUGAUGAUUCUCCAUAUAGCUGGUCUUUUCCACCUUAUCAUCCCUCCUCUGAGAAGUACGAAAACACUAAGACAUGUCGGGGGCCAGAUGGAGAACUCCAUGCCAACCUGCUUUGCCCUGUGGAUGUGGUGGAUGUGCCUGAGGGUACCUUGCCUGACAAACAGAGCACUGAGGAAGCCAUACGGUUGUUGAAAAAGAUGAAAACAUCAGCCAGUCCUUUCUUCCUGGCUGUUGGGUAUCAUAAGCCACACAUUCCCUUCAGAUACCCCAAGGAAUUUCAGAAGUUGUAUCCCUUGGAGAACAUCACCCUGGCCCCCGAUCCUGAGGUCCCUGAUGGCCUACCCCCUGUGGCCUACAACCCCUGGAUGGACAUCAGGCAACGGGAAGACGUCCAAGCCUUAAACAUCAGUGUGCCCUAUGGCCCAAUUCCUGUGGACUUUCAGCGGAAAAUCCGCCAGAGCUACUUUGCCUCUGUGUCAUAUUUGGAUACACAGGUUGGUCACCUCUUGAGUGCUUUGGACGAUCUUCACCUGGCCAACAGCACCAUCGUUGCAUUUACCUCGGAUCAUGGGUGGGCUCUAGGUGAGCACGGAGAAUGGGCCAAAUACAGCAAUUUUGAUGUUGCUACCCGUGUUCCGCUCAUGUUCUACGUUCCUGGAAGGACAGCUUCACUUCCGGAGACAGGCGAGAAGCUUUUCCCUUAUGUCGACCCUUUUCAUUCCGCCUCAGAGCUGAUGGAGCCAGGCAGGCAAUCCACGGACCUUGUGGAACUCGUGUCUCUUUUUCCCACGCUGGCUGGACUUGCAGGACUGCAGGUUCCACCUCGCUGCCCAGUUCCUUCAUUUCACAUUGAGCUGUGCAGAGAAGGCAAGAACCUUCUGAAGCAUUUUCGAUUCCAUGGCUUGGAAGAGGAUCCAUACCUCCCUGGUAAUCCCCGUGAACUGAUUGCCUAUAGCCAGUAUCCCCGGCCUGCAGACUUCCCUCAGCAGAAUUCUGACAAGCCGAGUUUAAAAUAUAUAAAGAUCAUGGGUUAUUCCAUACGCACCGUAGACUAUAGGUAUACUGUGUGGGUUGGCUUCAAUCCUGAUGAAUUUCUGGCUAACUUUUCUGACAUCCAUGCAGGGGAACUGUAUUUUGUGGAUUCUGACCCACUGCAGGAUCACAAUAUGUAUAAUGAUUCCCAAGGUGGAGAACUUUUCCAGUCGUUGAUGCCUUGAGUUUUGCCAACCAUGGAUGGCAAAUGUAAUGUGCUCCCUUCCAGCUGGUGAGAGGAGCAGUUAGAGCUGGUUGUUUUGUGAUUACCCAUAAUAUUGGAAGCAGCCUGAGAGCUAGUUAAUCCAAACAUGCAUGAAGAAUUUGGCCUGACAAUAUGUAACAACCAAACCUUUUCAUUUAGUCUUUAUUAAUUUAUGCUUGGCAAUUGGACCAGUUUUUUAAAAAAAAUUCCCUCUUUUUAAAACAGUUACAGCUUAUUUAUUGAAUAAAUACAAAGUAAACAAACUCAAAUUAUGUCAUUUAUACCUUUGAAUACCAAGACCAUAUGUAAUAACCAAACAUAGCAUUCUACACAAAGAAUACUUUGAUUAUUUGUGGAAUUGACUGCAUUUCAAAAAGUAACCAUAUGUCAAACUAGGCACCAAAAUAAGUUCCUGAUUAUUUUAUUUAUAAUUUAAUAAUAAAUCUUAUGUAGCCCAAUAUAUUCAAAAUAUUAUGUUAACAUGUAAUCCAUGUUUCUUUUUCAAAUCUAAAGUUAAAACAAUACCAGAAGCCAAUGUCUUAAAGUCUGUCUUUUAUUUUUGUUUUUAAGACCAUGGGGCUUCAAAAUGUACAGAUAAAAUGUGUAUGAAGUAAUUAAUGUAGAAUUUGUACAUCAAAUAAUAAAUAAUGCUCAAUAAACUAUAGAGAUAUGAGAUGUGUAGGAAAUUUGGUUAAACUUUUUUCAGAUACUUUCUGGCCCAAAUAAUAAUUUGUUAGCAAAUAAUAUGACCCUUGAACUCAAUGGCCAUCUAUUAAAAGACUGUUGUUCACAGUGGAAAACAUUUGAAGAUAUAACUAUAUCCAUGGGUGGAAUGAGUCACUCAAAACAGUAUUCUUCUUUAGGGAUGGUUGAUUGCAGAUGUGUUUAUUCUGGAGGCAGAAAAUAUCCUACUUUUAAUUGCUUAUUUAAGAAAACAUUAAAUUCUAAAUUAUUUUGAGGACUGUUAGACUUUUCAUUAGUAUAAUAUUUGGUCAUUUUCAACCUGUCAGAAUGUAGUUCUAUAUUCUCUAAAUAUGAAAGCAUCCAGAAAGGCCAGUGGUAGUAAAAAGCUUAGUGUAUAUAAUCUUAAAAGAGAUGGAAUAUUUACAAUUCAUUAACAUGUUUAAGCUUAUCAGGAGUCAUCGGAAGUGUCAACAGCUUUCUAAAUAAAUAUUAAAUAUCUAAUGUCCUGUAGUGAAGGAGUAAUUUUUAGUAAUUUUCUCUUUACAGAGUCUUCAGUGUUUCCAGGUAAAUGUGGGUGAAACAAAAUACAGCAAACUAUAUUAGGUUACUGCAGUGUAUUAAUUGUUACCAAAAAUGACAAGAUAUUAUAUUAAAUCAGUAAAUUUUAGAAUUUUAAAAUUAAUUAGCCUAUAAUAGAGGUAUACAUGGUAACACAGUGAUCUUCUAAGCAGUUAGGUGACUGACUAUUCUGGCAACAAUUUCUUCAUGACUGAAGGGCCCUGUUCAUCUCCUGAUCCUGAAGCUUGUGUCUCUUUUGGAAGCCUCGACUUUCUUUGGUCGAUGGUUUCCCUCAGCUUUUUCUUUGUUGUUCUUCAUCCUCGUGAUUGCUAUCAUCCUGUUCAGUGUGACUUUUGACAUAUUUCAGUGCAUUCGUCUUUAUCGCCUACUCCAUAGUUCCUUACCUUGGCUUGGCUUAGAGAAACCAUAUCUUUGUGGCUUCAUAUAACCUUUCCCCAACCCCACUGAGCUGUACAUAACUUUUUAUUGGUCUUCCAGUUACUUUAUUUGUACAAAUCUCUGUUUCAUUUGAGGAGGGGUUCUUUUGUAUGGUUUAGCUGACAGCAGAACUAGAGACAUUUUGAAUGGCCAUCGUUCAGUGGCUUACAAACAUGAGGGAGCAUCAGAACUACUUUUUUGAGGGGCUUGUUAAAACCCAGUAUGUAUGAGGCCAGACAUGGUGGCUCAUACUUGUAAUCUCAGCACUUUGGGAGGCCGAGGUAGUUGGAUCAUUUGAGGUCAGGAGUUUGAGACCAGCCUGGCCAACAUGGUGAAACCCUGUCCCUACUAAAAAUACAAAAAUUAGCUGGGCAUGGUGGCACACGCCUGUAAUCCCAGCUACUUGGGAGGCCCAUGCAGGAGAAUCGCUUGAACCAGGAGGUGGAGGUUGCAGUGAACCAAGAUCAUGCCACUGCAUUCCAGCCUUGGUGACACAGUGGGACUCCGUGAUUUUCUUUGGAGACUCCUAGAUUUUCUUUGGAUUUGAACUGAAUUUGUUGACUCCUGGCAAGUUCCUCCUAUGAGCUGUUUCUUUACCCUUCAUUUUCCCCACAAAGACUUACCUGGAGGUGAGCAAAGUAUGUUUGGUAUGGAAGUCACUAAGGCAGUCAGCCCCUUCCUCCCCACUUCCAUUACCAUCUUCUCAGUCCUUUUCCCUUUCUUUCCAAGUAGUUGACCCACCCCUCCUCUUUCCUCCCCUGUCCCUAAAAGAAUCCAUGUGUCUUCCUAAAAUCUCUCUUUGAUCCUAUCCUUUAAUAACACCGUCAGUGCCUACUACUGGGUCUAGACAGACCUCUGCUGAGCAGUCAGAGUCUUCCCUGACUCCACAAUGCCCCUUUCCUUGGCCGACCAGUGUGACAACUGGUCCCCACCUUUCCCUUGCCUAUCCCUGCCUCCCUCCUACUAGGUUGUCCCUUCCUUCUCUUCACCCAUUCAUUCAUGACCAUUCUUCACUACCGGGCUUCCCCUCCAGCCCUUCCAAAGGAGGCUGAGGUUUUUGUGACUCUCUAGACUGUAUUGUGGGAUGGAAUGAAUGUUGCUAGAGAAUGUUGUGUUCACUUUACUUUAAAUAAGUAUUUCUUUCCUAAUUAUAAAAUUGAUGUGUCAGUUAUGGAAAAAUUAAAAAAUAGAAAUGCAGGACAAAUACAUGAAUAUUGUCAGUAAAUAUCUUGUCUUUUUUGGGGGUGUGAAUUUUUUGCGUUGUGAUCAUAUUGUGUUCUUUAUCAUGCAAUUUAUGUUCUUUUUUCACUAUUACAUGUGUUUAUUACAGAUUUUCACAAAGAUACUUUAUAUUGCUGGUAAUACAUUUUAUUGUGUAGUCUUAACAAUUUACUUAACUUUCUUUCAGUUAUUAGAAAUUUAGGUAUUUCCAGAUUUUCCGUAUUGUAAAUAAUGCCGAGUUGCUCAAUUUUGUGAAGAAAAUGUUUUUGUGUAUUUCAGUUUAUUCUCUUAGUAUAGUCUCUCAGUGCCAAGUUGUCAAAACAUCUCUCUUUUGCUUCUCUUCCUGCUCUCUUGCUGCCUUAGUGGGUAGUAAACUGAAAUAUAAAGUAAGCAUGCAUACAAAUAAAGAAACAAAAAUAAGUACCCUGAUGGUAAUAGGUGAAAGUGGUAACCUGUUUUAACUUCUCAUUCUUUGAGUAUUAGUGACCUUGAUCAUAGUUCUCUUUGUACGAUGGUUGGGCAUUUGUAUUUCCAUUUGUGUGAAAUUGCCUUUAAAUUUUGGUUAUGGGUUUCACAUUUUAAUGUAAUCAAACAAAUUGAUCUUUUCCUGUGUGAUAGUUUUUUCUGUAUCUUUUCCUGUUAUACACACAGACCCCUUCCCAUCUGGAGAUUGAAUAAAUAUUCAUUUUUCUUUGCA